AUGGAGGCAUCCAAACAACCAUCCUUCACCAUCUCUAACACUAUCGCCAGUCCCCCAAGCGCUUCUGUUGUCACAGCCUCUAAGCUACUCUCGACAGCGGCUAUGUCAGCCGUCACGGAGUGCAAGAGAUACUUCGGGAGCUCUGGACGUCCUCGCAUUAAAGGUUUAGCCCACGUCAAAGGUAGACCUUUUGUCGCUGCUUCACUAGCCAUGGAUGGCUUUGUACCGGAAACCGGGGCCAGAAGAGGCCAGUACGCUCGUACCGCUGAACCUGGGGCAGAUGAUCACUCCUUUGUGCACACUGACCUUAGCACUAAUAUGGCAAAUGUGAGCAACGCUUACCGGCCUAGUGGUUUGGUUGGCUGCCAACCCAAUUGUCUGCUGCAGCACAAUGACAUAAACAUCUGCAAUGUUCCUGAGAGUCUUUUGGAGCCAGUUGAAACACAUUCAGACCCAUUAUUAGUCCCAGCCAUGACGAAUGCUGCUGGCAUACGUGGCACAGGUCUGCGAAGAGCCCUCGUGCCAAUGCACAUGAGUCUUGGCUCACAGGGGAUGUGA